GUACAGAACAACAUUGUUCAUCUUUCGCACAGACAACAAAUAGUUUUUUUUUUUUAGCAUCAGUUUUUGUCAACUCACCAGGAACUGUUUCUACCCAACUACCAUUUUUUUUUUUUAACAAAACGAUUACACCUUUAUCAAAUGUAACUAGUGCUAGACCACAGCCUUUGUCGCCUGUAACCUCUGUAAAUAACUUAUUAACACCAUCAGUUAAGACUAGCCAGAGUGAGGCAGGAAAAACCAAGAAUGCAGUUUCAGCAGCCACAUUCUCCUUGCCCAGUGCUUCACCCACCAUUUCCUCCACAGGUCAGCCUCUGUUAUCAACAACAACACUAAAUGGGUCUACAAUUUUUUUUUUUUCCUUCAACUGUUUUGCACAACAGACUGCUGAUUCUUCUGAAGCAAAGCAUUUUUUUUUUUUUGUGUGCAUAAGAGAUUCACAGUCAAUUCUUGUUAGGACACGAGGUGGGAACACUGGAGUUGUAAAAGUACAGACCAACCCAGAUCAAAAUUCACCCAAUACUGUAACUUCAAGUUCAGUUUUCACUUUUGCUCCUCAGCUUCAGGCAUUUCUGGUGCCAAAAUCAACGACUUCUUCCUCUGCUUUUUCACCUGUAGCUGGAACAACUACUACAUCUAGUCUUUCACCUUUCAGCCAAACACCGGCUUCUGUUUCCAUUCCAGCUAGCUUUGCUCCAUCCAUGGGGAAAAAUCUUUUUUUUUUUUUAGGCUACCCCACUGGCAGUGGUGAUUUGGGCCACAUGAUAGAUAAAACUUUUUUUUUUUUCUCUUCUCCCUUGAAGUCCUCUGUUUGUUCUAGCACUCUACUACCAUCAUUUUUUUUUUUUUCAGUAAGUGUAAUUAGCAUAUCAGCAGCAAAUUUUGGACAAAACAAUGUUUUUUUUUUUUAUACUCCAACUAAACAGCAACAAGUAGAUUAUAUCACAAAAAGUUACCCUGUUACAAGGUCAGAAGCAACAGCAACAACAAAUGGAGAUGUAAUCAGUGGGACUCCAGUUCAGAAACUUAUGCUGGUAUCAGCUCCAUCUAUUCUUUCUUCUGGCAAUGGAACUGCAAUUAUUUUUUUUUUUUCACUGACAUCUACAGGUGUUUCUGCCCAGAAAUUAGUUUUUAUUAAUGCCCCAGUUCCCAGUGGUACAUCAACCCCGACUCUUGUUGCAGAAUCAUUAAAACAAACUCUUUUUUUUUUUUUUAAUAAAGCAUAUGUUAAGACUCCAGAGCAACCCCAGAUAGUACUGAUUCCAUCUACAGUGGGCACACCAAUAAAAAUAAAUUCAUCACCAGCUGUGUCUCAGAUAAAAGAUUUUUUUUUUUUACUAAACAUAGGUCAAGCAAUUGUAAAUACUUCAGGCACUGUGCCAGCUUUUUUUUUUUUUAACAUACUACAAAAUGUAACCCCAAAAGGAGAAGACAAAAGUAGCAAGGUUUUUUUUUUUUCAUUGUCAACAAGUGGUAAUUCAAUUCCAGUAAGCUCAAAUUUUGUGAGUUUUUUUUUUUUCCCUGUUAAUGAAUCAGUGGUUUCUGCAGCAAGAGCAGUAAACAUGCUUUUUUUUUUUUUUGCGAAUUUAUCUUUAGGUUCCCUUUCAGUGACCUCAGCCUCUGCUUCAGUUUUUUUUUUUUCUCCUGUUUUAGUCAGUGGAAAUGAUACCUCUUCGAGAAUUAUGCCUAUUUUUUUUUUUUUACUUUGCUCAUCAAGUCUCGGAAACACUGUGGCUAUAUCAACUGUGAAAUUUUUUUUUUUUGCAUCAUCUGUUCUGAUUUCAACUACACAACCAGUAGUGUCUCCUAAAUUUUUUUUUUUUUCUUUGCAAAUUCCUGUUACGGUUGCCUUACCUGCACCUGCGACUACAUCCCCCAAAAUAAUAAACACAGUUCCACAUUCAGCAACAGUACCAGGAGCCACACGUUCUAUAUCUCUUUCUAAAAGACAAUCUCGGACUUCGCUCCAGUUUCAGUCACCAGGGAUUUCAACUAUUUUUUUUUUUUAUGUAAACGCAAAUAAACCUCAAACUGAAUUGUCAUCCCUUUCACCAAGUGCAGACAUGAUGCAUGGGAUCGCCUGCACAUGGAACAGCAGGAACCACUUGGGAAAACCUGAAAUUUAAACUUUUUUUUUUUUCUUUAUCUGUUGUGAUCAUUUUCUUUUCUUAGCUCAGUGAGCUUUCUGUUAGUGUGCCAAGCUGCCAUCCAACUUUCUUGAGCAUUUUUUCUCUUGGGAAAUGAUCAAGUUUUGAUAGUAGAAAGUGCUUCUUUCCAAGACUUUCUCGAGGCCAUCUUCCUGUGGGCGUCAUUUUUUUUUUUUUACACAGCUGAUGUUUUCAUAUGAGCUACAUUUUCAGACUACAAAGAUGUUUUUUUUUUUUAGAGACCAUUUCUUUGAACUGUAAGUGAUUCAUUUGAUUUUCUUUUUAAUAGUCCUUGUUUUUCUUCUUCAAGCCUUUUUAAGGAAACAUUUAACAGCAUCA